CAAUUGUCAAGUUAACAUUUACCUUCGUGGGAGAAAGACGUGUAUUUUGCUUUGCGUAAACAAAAUUAUCGUAAUAAAUCCAUAUUUUAAAUAAAUUGACUCAGGGAUUGUACGAGAAAUAAAAAACAAAAUACGCUCCUACAGAAACAUUUGGGUUUUAGCGUUUUACAUUUUCUAACUAGAUUUUUUAUGAUUUUAUUUGUGCGUCUUUACAUAGGAAAAGUUGUAAACAAAGAAUUAGUGUAAUAAAAACAAUGUGGUCUCAUUUACAACGUGGAAGUUCACCGGUGGACUGGUGUGAAUCGAAUUAUUCUAUAUCACCAGUAAUUGCAGAAUUUGUUAAUACCUUUAGCAAUGUCCUGUUCUUCCUUUUGCCUCCAGUCCUGAUUCAUCUCUUCCAAGAAUAUGCCAAGUUCUUCAAUCCAGCGAUUAAUGUGUUAUGGAUACUGUUGAUGGUAGUUGGGAUCAGCUCUGCAUAUUUUCAUGCCACACUGAGUUUAGUGGGGCAGCUUAUGGAUGAGUUGGCUAUACUGUGGGUGUUCAUAGCAGCAUUUGCCAUGUUCCUGCCUAAGAGAUACUUUCCUACAUUUUUAGAUGGAAACAGACGUCGCCUGGCCAUUUACUCCGCCAUUACGUCGGUACUACUGACAGUCUUCCUAGUCAUGCACCCAGCAGCUAACGCUUUCGCCUUGAUGACACUCGCGCUGCCGACUCUUGGAUUCCUCUAUGGCGAAUUGGUUAAAGUGAAGUGCUCACGUGUAUACCGCCUAGGUCUGCGCUGCGUCGCCGUCAGUCUGCUGGCAAUAUUCUGCUGGGUCAUAGACCGCAUGUUCUGCGACGCGUGGCUCUCUAUCGACUUCCCGUACAUGCAUGGAGUUUGGCACGUCCUCAUCUUCAUCGCAAGCUACACUGCUCUCGUACUAUUCGCCUAUUUCAACGCCACUGAGGAGAGCCCUGAACAGAAACCUCAGCUAAAAUACUGGCCAGUCAACGAAUUCGAACUAGGCAUACCAUAUGUUACCAUGAAACAUCCCUUCAAAACAGACAAAAAUCUAGCAAUCUAGUCAUUUCACAACUGUUAACUAGACCUGGAUCUAUUUACUGACAGUUUUCCGAAGGCUGAGUUAUCUUUGAUUUGAACUUUGUAUGGUCGAUGCACUUAUCAUGUAUCUAUGUAUUACUUAUCAGUUGAUAAAAUUUGUGUAUCUGUGUACAUAACGUGUAGGAACAUAUCUAUAAGUGGUCUUUUCAAUUGCGCCAAAUAUAUAUUUUUUCUAGUUUUAUGAUGACAAUGAAAUGUCUAUGAAGUAACAAUUUGAAAUUGUUACAAUGUAUUGUACAAGUGAAGUAAAUUACGUCCCAAAAUGGGCUCGAGUUCAUUAGAAUUAGUUAUUUAGGUACUUUAAAGUCUUUUCUUAGUCUGAUUCAAAAUCUACUUAUUUCUAGUGAGUAUCUACUAAUUGACUUGCUAUAUUGAGUAU